UGUCUUCCAAAACAAUCCACCACAUCCACAGGAUCGCCAUCCCACACACCCCAAAGGCUUAUCGGAUUCUUCAUUCCGAUGUCUCGAAGUGUUUCUUAUCCGAAUGAUAUGGGUAAAUUAAGACGCCGCUUGAUUCCCAUCUGCCGUGGCGGAGUAUCUCCAAAGGUGAUACUUCGCGAUAUGGCCAUAUCGCUCUUCUUCGGUUCGUAAUACCCCCGAGGGUAUCUAUGACCAGAAGGGCAAUCGAUCACUAUUCAGUGGCAUAAUCGAGUGUAAUAUCAGCACCCAUUAUUGGCCGACAGUCUAGUGCAGUAAAUCGAUACGGAACAGAUGGAUCGGAUGGUCAGUUUGAAAUCAUCCCUGUCUACUGCCAGACGGGACCUGUGUGUGCUCUUGUCGGCCUCUAACCAGGCCGUGUUUUUGUGUUCGUGAAUCAACAGAAAACCAAAAAAACAAUGGGAAUUUGGGAAAAUGUGAAAGAUUUUCGGAAAUAUUCCAAUCAAUAUCUGGCAGCUUUCACCGGGACGCUUCUGAUGCUUUCGAUUGCUGCAUCCUAUGGCUGGACUUCACCGACGCUUCCACUUUUACUUGGUGAUGAUUCCCCGCUUCCUAUAACACCGGAUGAAAGCUCCUGGAUUGUAUCGAUUCUCGUCCUGACGUCUAUUGCGGGUCCCAUAGCAUCUGCCUGGUUGGUCGAUCGGUUUGGACGGAAAAUCGCCCUAUUGAUUGCCGUUCUGCCCAGUAUCGUCGGGUGGAUACUGAUCGGGGUCGGUGAGUCUGUGACGGUGGUCUUUAUUUCCCGUGCUCUGAGUGGUGUCUCAUACGGUAUGGCGUACUCCUCCAUGCCACUGUACCUCGGGGAGAUUGCAUCCGAUCAGAUACGGGGAUCGAUUGGUACGUUGCUCACAGUGAUGGCCAAAACGGGCAUUCUGCUGGAGUACGCUAUCGGACCAUAUGUGGAAUAUCGUACACUGGCCUGGAUAUCGCUUGCAUUUCCUGCCACAUUUUUCACCCUGUUUCUCUGGCUGCCUGAGUCACCGUACUACCUGCUGGCAAAGCAACGUAACGAACAGGCGGAGAAGAAUCUUCGCUGGCUGCGCCGCACAAGUGAUGUACAGGAGGAGUUAAAAAUGAUGCAGACUGCGGUUGAACGAUCGCAGCAAAACCGUGGCACUUUUCGGGAUCUACUCAAGCGAGGAAACAGGCGCAGUUUGAUCAUUAUUCUCGGGUUAGGAGCUCUGCAGCAGUUGUGUGGUAGUCAGGCGGUUAUCGCAUACUCGCAGCAGAUCUUUGACCAAGUAAACAGUGGACUGAAGGCACAUGAAUCCUCCAUCAUAAUGGCAGUAAUACAGCUCGUUACAGCGGCCCUAUCUUCUUCGAUCGUCGAUCGUGUUGGACGUCGUCCAUUGCUACUUAUUUCCACCAUAGGGUGCGCUGUCGGCACGUUCAUCGUGGGACUGUACUUCUUCCUACUUGACCAAGAAGUGGACGUCGAUGGAAUAGGAUGGAUUCCACUUGCCGUCAUCAUGAUUUACAUUAUAUUCUACACGGUCGGGCUGGCAACGGUACCAUUCGCUAUUCUAGCAGAAAUAUUCCCCACCAACGUGAAAGCAGUGGCCGCUGCCAUUUACACCAUGUUCGCCGGAUCGGUUGGAUUUGGUGUGUCGAAGCUGUACCAGCUCAUCUCCGACGAAGCCGGAACGUACCUUUCGUUCUGGAUUUUUGCCGCCUGUUCUGCUGCGUUUGUAGUGUUUGUGUUUGCACUUGUGCCGGAAACGAAGGGCAAACCGUUGGAUCACAUACUUAUCGAAAUGCAUACCUCUACCAGCCGGAGUCUCAACUGUUGUAGUCCUUCGACCGAUAAACAGGACCCAAAGCAUACUGCCUAACGGUUCCUACUGCUCGUGCAAAAGAAAAGUUUCAUAAUACAACAUCUAUGUUAACCCUUA